GCCUCCCCACCCCCACCUGUCUCCUCCUCCUUCUUCUUCCUCCUCCUCCUUCUCCUCCGGCUCGUCCUCACACUGCGAAUUUCUAGAGAGAGAGAGAGAUGUCGGACGAGGAACAUCACUUCGAGUCGAAAGGAGACGCGGGUGCGUCCAAGACUUACCCGCAACAAGCUGGCACCAUCCGCAAGAAUGGCUACAUCGUCAUCAAGAAUCGCCCCUGCAAGGUUGUAGAGGUUUCUACCUCAAAAACUGGCAAGCAUGGACAUGCCAAGUGCCACUUCGUGGGGAUUGAUAUCUUCAAUGGGAAGAAACUUGAAGAUAUCGUUCCGUCGUCCCACAACUGUGAUGUUCCUCAUGUUAACCGCACUGACUAUCAGCUCAUUGAUAUCUCUGAAGAUGGUUUUGUCAGUCUUCUGACUGAAAAUGGAAACACCAAGGACGAUCUGAGGCUUCCCACCGAUGACAGUCUGCUUAGCCAGAUUAAAGAUGGGUUUGGCGAAGGAAAGGACCUUGUGGUGUCGGUCAUGUCCGCAAUGGGAGAAGAGCAGAUAUGCGCUCUCAAAGAUAUCGGUCCUAAGAACUAAAAUAAAUCGCUACUGUUCUAUUAGCCAGUCAUGGCAGCAAAACUUGUUAAUGUUUGCUAACAGAGUUAUCUUACAUUCCUAAAUCCACGAACAAAGGCUUAUUUUAGCUGUGUGAUUGUAACGAUGGGGAGUGGUGAAUCCGAUGAUAGUAAUGGCAAGAGGUACUAAUCCUCCCUGCCUGUACCUCUGUUGUAAAACCUUGCUCUCGCGGGGAUGACGAUUACGUGGUUAUGGCUUAUGGUCUUAUAUCCUGUUUUUAUUCUCAA